AUAUACGUUAGUGGCAUUUUAACUCCACUGUUUUAAAUACAAUCAAUUAAUGUUGGUUACUAUCUUAUUCAUAUUUUGUAUUUCCUACACUUCUGAUGCAUUUAAAAUGACAAAAGUUGAAGUAAAUUUUGGAAUUUUCUUAGAAUUAAUAAUAAUAAUAACAAAAUUAUGUAUAAUAUUCAUUCUUCUUUUUAAUGAUUGAUUUAUUAAUUGUUAGUUUUGAUCAUUUGUAAGGUAAAUUGAUCAUUUCUGAGUAGAUUCCAAUCAUAAAUAUAGUUCUGCGGAGUGUGGGAGUGAGAAACGUAAAUAUUUCAAAUUUUCUUUCGCGAAUAAUUUGUAACGUAAAUUACUGUGAAAUAGGUUAAUAUUUAAUUUUAAGCUACAAGUAAAAACAUUUCGCAAAUGUCUUUCAUGUCUUUCUGGGAUCACUGCACAGUUGAAGUUAGACAUUGACACCGUUGGAUGCUGGCUCGGUGGUUCAGAGGUUAAGCGAUCGCGCGCGAGACUGAAAGGUCCUGGGUUUGAAUCUCACGAGGUGGGAUCGCAGGUGUUCACUCCUGAGAAGUCCCAUACUAGGACGAAACGACCGUCCAAUUCUUUCAGGUUUUCCAUGUUGAUCUAGCUUUAAUUGACUCAUGAAUUCAACUAUUAAGAAAGAUUAGUUCACAGUGUGAUUUGUAAUUACUGAAUUGUGUAUGGUUAAUACUUAUAAAUGAAUAAAUGGUUCACAGAAAUUCAGAAACGGGAAAGAUAUUAAUUUAACUUUUCUAAAUGCUCAUAGAUAUCUAUAAUGAAAGAGUAAUAUAUUAAGCUAAAAAAAGUAGUCUUUAGGUAUAAAAUAUAUUGGCAGUAUUGAGAAAUAGAUUAUUCUAAAGAUUGUAUUGGUACAUGAACCAUUUAAAUAAAUCUCAUUACUUCUCACAAUACAGUUUGCUAAUUUAAAGGUUACGUACUAUGGUCACUCCACUAAUGAUAUUUGUGAUGUAUUUUAACAUUUUAAUUUGAAAGUGUGUAGCCUAUUUUAUAUUUAGGAGACAGUAAACGUUUCCUACGUUUUCGAUCUUUGUUCAAGGAAAAUAACUGUGGGAUGCGAAACAUUACUUGGGAAUGUGAAUUUUGUCUAUCAGGAUGUAGUUUAGCACGCUAUUUUGUGAAUGAUGUCUAUUGGCGUGAUAUAUACAUGUUGGGUGCUGAAAAACUGUGUGCAUUCAUCUCUUCUGAAAAAAUAAAAAAAAUUUGUGACAAAUACACCUCGAAGUACUUACCAGAGAUUUUGAAUGCAAUAGGAUCAGUAUUCGUACCUGAAGAAAUUUGUUUGGUAAUGAUAUUUUUUGAGACUUUUAUACGUUUAUUAUCUUAGCCCUAAAAACAUUCGAACUGAAUAUUUAUGCUAAUAAAUCGCCCAAUAGUUCAUAUCACGCAACUAUAAGGUAAUAUUCAUAAACAUAAAAAAAAUCUAUGUGUUACUUGUAUGCUAUCAGUUAUAUUUCCAAAGUAUCACUCGUAUAAUGUGGAACAUUCACACAAGUAAUUCUCUAUUAAUACGUGGUUUAUUGAUUAAAGACAGUACACUGGUUUAUGAGGCUGUAAAGUUUGAUUAAUUAGGAUGAGUGUUGAUUGUGCUACGGAUGCCUAGACGCCUAUCUACACUAGAUAUUGUGACAGUAUACAGUAAUAGUAUAGAUAGUAACAGUAAUAAACACUAAAUAACUUGAUCUCAAUCUAUUCACGAUCUAAAAGAAAUAACGAACGUAUGUAUGAUAAAUUUAAUCUUAUUUUGAAGUUUCAGUUAGCUCAUAUUAAAAAUCAAAUUUUCAUGUAACCUUAUUCGAGUAGAAACAUGUUUCGAAAUGUAGAAAGCUAUGACUUGUUAGCACUUUGAAAGAAUAUGUAGUUAAUAUUUUAGUUGGGAUGUGACCUUGCUUUUUUCUUUCUUCUCUACUCUGUGAACGAUAUUUGAUUCAGUGUAAAUAUCGAUUACACUGUCAACGCUGUAUACUUGAGAGAUAAAAAAAUGGAAACAUGUUGAAAUCGUCUUGAAUAUAUCCUACUCUAUUUAAAUGGGGAUAUUUUUAUUGAAUAUGCUUUGUUCCCAAAUCCGAUCUUUAUUUCGUGUAUAUAAUUAGGGUAAUUUUCGUUCAGUCAACUUCAAGCAUUUCGUUAUACUAAAUUAUUCAUAAUGAAGUGUCAUCAUCAACCUCCAGUGUAUUUCAGCUGUAAUUAGUUAUUUGAUUCGUAGUCCAUUUUAUUCUUUGAUUAUUUAAUUAUGAUUUUACAUUUAGUGAUAAUUAUUUAGUUGAUAAAAAUUUGUAAUUAAUAAUCAUUCAAUUGGUAUGCGACCGAAUUAAAUUGGUCUCGUCUAGUAGAUCUUCUUGACAAGAUUGGUCUUUUGAAGAAGUAGUGAUUAGAAAAGAUAAUGGAGCUGUUACCCAUAGUACCAUAAUUAUCGUUGAAAUUGUAGCAGGAUAUCCUGCAUUACACAUUUAUUCAAUUUUGAUGGAGUUCUGUUUUCUGAGCUGGAUAAUUUGGUCGUGUUGCUUUCGUCGUUAUUCUGAACGACAUCAUCAGCACAAACGUCUGCUUGAAGUUUUUUCUGUACUCUAUCAAAAUCAUCCACCUGAGCUACAAAUCUCCACCAUAUCACAUUUACCCACAAAAAAUCAGUUAACAUAUUUGUUAAUCUUUUGUUUCCAAAAUUCAUAUCUAAUUGCAACCAGUAUAGACAUGAGUUAAAUAUCACAUAAUUUUAUGAAUAAGAUAAAGUUUUGUUAAACAAUCUACUGAGCUAAUAUUAACAAUUAUAUUUUACAAGUACCUGAAUUCAUUUAAGGUUCUCUGAUAUGAUCAUUCUCAAUAAUUUCUUAAAUGACAUAAGGCUAAAUUUGUUGCGGUAGAGCUAAUGAUUUGCUUUGUAAAUAGGUAAAACAGAUAAACUCAUGAAUUUAAUUUUUUAAAAAUAAGUGAUUUUUAGUACUUGAAUUUCGUUGAGAACGUGUAAUAUGAAAGUCGAACUCAGAUGACUCAUAAUGAAGAAGUCCAGAAUUGUAUGUAAAUGUGCAUAUAAUACAGUAUGAAAAUAAAUAUCAGUGAAACAUUUAAAUAAUAAAAUUAGUCAAAUCAUUAUUACAAGUACACAAACUCGAGUUGAUUGGUGAUGUAUACUACUUAUGUCUGUCGACAUAAGUAGUAUGUAACACCUAUCGGAGCUCGAACGCCUGUCAAAAGGAGGCUGGAAAGAUUGAAGUGAAGAAAACAGAAACGGAAACAUAAAGGAAUUGGGAAUUGAAAGAAUCAUGAAGGAUGUAGAGAACAAUUGAUGGAAGAUAUACAAAUGAAGUAUUUAAUGUACGGUUUUUAGAUUUUUCGAAAGAACUUUAUAAUAUUGUGAUAAACAAUAACUUGUUAUUUUCCACUUGAGUUAUCGUUCACUUUAGAUACAACAGAACUAAUGAUUAUAAGAAUUCAUCGAUGAAAAUCUAGGUAAAUUAUCAGGUUAUACUGUUAUCUCGGUAACAUCCAAUAAUUUAUUUCCAAACCCUUGAUCAUGGCACUAUUAUAGAUUGAUUAGUUGGAAAAAAUAUAUUAUCUAAUAAAAUGAAAACGUUUUAUCACAGAUAAUGAAUAAUUCAUGUAAUUUACAAUUUACAUUUGUAGGACUUCAAUAUAUGCAAUUCUACUGAGAUUAAGAUGUUUACUAUCCAAAAAAGUAAGCGUUUAUAUUAAUUUUUUUUAAUAAAUCGAUAGUUUUUGCACAAGAUAUUAAUGAACAUUCGAUAUUCCAUUAUCGUAUAUAUCGAGGAUAGUUUUGGCCAAAGUAAUUCAGUGUAUGCGCCUGUGAUUGUAUUAUUGAAUAAUUUCAAGAUUUUCAGUAUUAAAGGGCAAUUCGAUUUUACUGAUGAUUGUCAGUCAACAGGACUGUAACGUUUCAUAAUACAUUUAUAAAAGUAAUUUGUUUGUAAACUGUAAUAAUUUCCGUGUAUGCAACAUAAAACAUGAAAUCCUACAGAACAGUUUCAUACACAUAGUUCCCUUUAUCAUUUUGAAAAGAGCAAGAACAAAGAUUCUAGCAGAAUAGUGUGAAUUCAUUUUAUUUCGUAGGUUCUCGUCAGCUGCUUACAACCUGUGAUAUUUAAAAAUCAUAAUUACAUAAUGGGUUUAAAUUGCUUACUGAAUAUUGUAAAUAUGUACCUAAUGUGAAAGAAUAUUCUACAUCACUAAUUGUGACAACAGUUCAAAAGGGGGUUAGAAACAAUCGAUUACAUAAUGAAUAAACGUUGAUAGGAAUACAGUGAGUAGAGUUCAGUUGAAAGAUUAUUAAUUUGAUAGUUGAAAAAAUAAAAUCAACGAUGUAAUAAAUACAAAAGAAAAAGAAAAAAAUUUAAGGUGCAGAGAAAAAAAUAUUUGUCACCAAGGCAAGGAAAGAUUAACAACCGUCUCCUUUUGAACACAUAGGUCAGGUUUUUGACGCCUGGUGGCAACGGCUUCAGCAAACUUCAGAAGACUGGAGUUUGGCUGCUUACUAAUCACCCUAAAGGAUUGUAAGGUAUCUACCUGAUGUCCUGUAUCAAGGAGAUGUUUGGUGAUUGAACUAUUCAGAGUCUUUCUUUCUCUUGUUCUAAGACUUUUUGGAACAUGUUCAAAAAAUCUAAGAUAUGCUCUCCUUUCAGUUCGGCCGAUGUAUCUGCUUUAGCAGGUACACGUAAAUUUAUAAAUACAGUUGGCGGUAACAUGAAAGGGGUGCUUGUCGACCUUUGAUUGGGUUAUUGAACAUGUUGUUUUAUAGAAAAUUAAAAGUUUAGCAGCCGGAUAAGUUCUGGCUAGCGCAGUGUUCAGUCUUCUGUUGAUUAUUUGUGCGACGUUAUCACCUUUAAAGUUAAGAUUUAUAUAUACUGGCUUUUUAUUGACCGUAGUUAUUUCCGUCUUGUUUUCUUUGGGCUUUUCAGGAAUCGAGAACCAAUCAGCUAUAAUGUUAAAAAUGUUGGUGCCCUUUCGUUUGUAUUCAUCAAAAUAAUGUGUUUGAGUUUAUUAAAUAACUAGACAUUAUGAUUAGUGAAGUUAGAAAUCUAUACUCAUGGUGCUGAAUAUUUAUUUUACUGAAAAGAUUUACGUUUUUUAUUAUCAACGUUAAUGAUUGUUUCAUCGUGAUCUAACUUAGUAAACUGAAAACUAUUCACAAAAAACCAAGGACUGGUUGUUACAUAAAACAAAUCAAUUAGAUAUUAAAAUGUCACUGAACAAUUUAUUUUUCACUAUAUAAUUAAGCUGGUGUUUAUAUUUACUAUGAGGUGAAAUACGAAUCCUUGUAAAGGAUCUUUUUACAAUUAAUUAAGUGACUCAGUGAUAAGCGUUGAAAUGAUGGAAAGUUUAUUGAAUUACGAUACUUUGAAAAAAAAAGGUUCACCGAAACUGCCACCUCAAACAGUCUUCCAACCGAUUAUAGUGGUCAGUUUCAAUGAUAAGACAUCAAGUUUGUAGUUUAACGGAAGGAUUUUAAUGAUUUAUUGUGCUUUCUGAGAUGGGUUGUCUAUUCAUCGAUUUGGGUAAUAUAAUCAUCAGGAAUUCCAAUAGUUUAUUUCAUUUGUAGGGUUUGUUGAGAGUACUGUCUAGAAAGAUAAUGAAAGUUUCACACUUAAGUAACCUAUCACAGUGAGCACAAGACUUAUAAUGGACAUCGACAUAUUUUGUAUAGUACUAUCGAAAAUGAUAGAUAUUUAUAUUCCAGAAACCAAAGAAAUAAUAAACUUUAAUUUUGUUUUCAUUAAUGAUUAGUUUUUAAAUAAGAUAGAAUAUACUGAACAAAAUGUCUCGUUUUACUGAUUGUCGUUAGUAGAAUAUUUCAUUUCUACUAAACUCAGUGCAAAUAACUAGUAUUUCUGUUAAAUGCAAUCAACUCUGUUAUUGAUACUUUAAUGGAAUAUCAAAGUUCAACGUUUUUCCUUGAAGGAAAAGCUAAAAGUAUUUAUAUAUACUGUUUUAGGUGAGGCCAUAAGAUCUCCGGCUCUAGAUUAUGUUUAAAUUUCAUUAUCACUACCUCAUCAGUUUCUGUUUUCUCAGAGAAUACUCAUAUUUGGCUAAGGUAAUCAUCAUGUCAACCUAUUUAAAGAGUUUAGGAUAAUGUAAUAGUUUUCACUAUCCCAAAAGAACUAAGAUUUUUUUCGUUUCUAAUGUUUUUUUUCUUUACAGAUAACAAAAUCUGAACAUUUUUGCUCUACCUAAUACUCUUUAAGUGUUAUUAAAUUUUAGAAUGUACACAACAUAAAUUAUGCUAUGAUAUAUUUGGUCUUUAUGUUUUGAGUCAUCAUUUUAAUACUAUCUAGAUGUAUUAGUUAUUAUAAUUAUCGACGAUUGUGACCUUUUGUUUGUUAACAAACUGCUUUGACUAGAAUAAACUAUCUUUCCUUGUGAUUAUCCAGUUUUUAACUUCAAGCUGAUAAAUGAAUGUUCGAAAUUUCAAACACUAGAGUAAUAUAAAAAUCUUUGAUG